AUGUGCCGCUGUGUGCAAGACUUUUGUGCUGCAGCAAAUGCGGUGUUGGUCCCAGCGCAGAUCCGUUGUCCUACUGAGGAGAAAUUCAGGGAGAUUGCUGCCUACAACGAGAACAGAUGGGGGGUCCCACACUGUAGUGGGUUUCUGGUCCUGAAGUCUGAGAAGAAUGUGACUCUAAACGCCCGGAAUGACCAGGGCCAACUGACGGGGCAGCUCACCGUGGGUAAGUCCUGCAACAGACAAGACCGAGACCGAGGCUGA